CUGGAGGCGCAAAUUCACUUUUUUAUUUGGUUUCUAUUUUCUAUUUUUUCUUUGACGAUAAAGAUGGCCAGCACCUCUCGUGCUAGCCAGGCUAGCACCUCACGUUUUGGCAAUAAUGGCCAGUUGUCUCAGUCGUCGCAGCAGGUCACGGCAGUCGAUGACAAAGUGCGUUCUACUUUGAAAUACAUUCUGGACCAUUCAGCGGCGAAGAUUCCCAUGAAGGAGAAGGACUUAGUGCCGCUAGUCGGCACCAAGGGCGAUCUUCACAGCCGGCUGCCGCUCGUGUCCAAACUGUUGGCGAAGAGCUAUGGAAUACGCCUUCAUCAAUUGAGGGACGCUACCAAGAUGUACAUUUGCAUGGCCGAGGCGCCCAUGGCUUCGAUUCACGAGAUGACGCCCGAGCAACGUCCCCAGCUCACGCUGCUGUACAUUAUAUUGAUGUACAUAUUCCUGCGCCAGAUGCGCAUCGAAGAUACAAAGCUGUAUGCCAUGCUGGAGCUGCUGGGAAUACGUGUGGACGGGGAGCACGCCUACUUUGGCAGCCAUUUGCGGAAACUGAUUGAGGACACAUUCGUGAAGCAGCAGUAUGUGAAGCGCGAGCGCGCGCAGCCGGAAGGUGCCUUCGAAGAGACCAAGACCUACAUGCUUUGGGGACUUCGCGCCAAGGAAGAGUUCGCCUACGAGCAGAUUGUGGAAUUCUCUGCUAAGAUACUCAAAAAACCGCCCAGCGACUUCUCCGAGCUGCUGGAGAUUGCCAAAGAGCUCGACAAUCAAGAAUCAUAGCAAAAUUACAAUUAAAACAUUUAUAUAAUAAACAGGAAUCUUAUGUUCUAAUACUUUGCAUA